UAUGUUGACACAUGGUUUCAACUUCUAACUUCUGAGCUGUCAGUCCUGACCACGUUGCAAUGAACAUGUUGGUGACAUUUCGUAUUCUGUAUAUAAAUCCUGGCUGUGGCUUAAAAGAUCAUCAGUCCAUUUUGGAGCCAAAGUGAAAGCACAUGAACAUACAUUUGAAAUCAGGGACACUUCCAACAUUUUUCAGAAAAGAUGGGAUUACUUUUAAGCAAGUUACACACACUCUUGUCAGAGUUCAGCACCGGAAGACCAGCCCGAAUCCUCAUGCUUGGAUUGGAUGCUGCAGGGAAAACUACCAUCCUAUACAAACUCAAAUUGAAUGAGACCGUCUCCACUCUUCCUACAAUUGGAUUUAACGUUGAAGAGGUCACUCCAUGCAAGGGUGUAUCCUUCACUGUCUGGGAUGUUGGCGGCCAGGAGAGAAUUAGGCAGCUCUGGAGACACUAUUAUCAAAACUGUGAAGGUUUAGUAUUUGUAGUUGACAGUGCCGAUUGUGCGAGGGUCCAAGAAGUUAAAGACGAACUGUUCGGCAUUAUGGAAUUCCCUGACAUGGUUGGUGUACCAGUCGUGGUUAUCGCUAACAAGCAAGAUCUUCCAAAUGCCAUGAGUCCCUAUGAUCUGAUAGAUAAACUAUGCCUAAGACAGUUGAAGUCCAAGUGGCACGUCCAAGGAGCAACAGCAACUAAUGGGGAUGGACUUUACGAAGCUAUGCACGAAAUGUCACGACUGGUGAAGGAGAACAACAAAUUAAACAAAUGAGAUUAAUUUAUACAAACGGUGGACAAUUGUCAACUGAGACAUUCCAGAUCUCUUGCAAAACAUGGAAAAUUGGUAGAGUUUGCAAAAGACUUCAAUAUGCAGUGAAACUUUAUACAUUAUAUAUUUUUUGCAUUUACAAAUAUUCGAAGUCAACCUGCAAACCUUACAGAUUUUCAAGUCCAAAACACGGCAAAUUAUGGACUCCAUUACCAAACCAGGCUGAAGGACUGAAUCUAUUCUGUGAUAACUGGAGUGAAAUUGAAUAUAUUCACACCAGGCAUUUACUUAGGCCACUAGAAAGCUGUGAUAUAGACAUUGAGAUAAUUUUAUUUACAGACGGUCUCAAAAUUUAUUGAUGACAAAGGUGACCAAACGUGUUGCGUUACCAGUGUUCUAAUGUACUAAUUUAAGUGGAGGCCUACUUUGAAUUUCGUUCAACCUUUUAAAGAAAGCCUUGAUGAUCAACUUUAUGGCAUAUUUGACCAUUUUAUGUUCAAACAAAUCUGACUAACUAUAAAUAUUUAUAACUGUUCCUCAUAUUUUACUUAUUUAUCUCUGUACAUAUGUAAAAUAAAUGUAUUGUUUUGAAAUUUUCUCUUUGUCCAGUCCACGAUCACAUAUCAUGAGAGAAUGUCAAUUCC